AUGCCAGGCAACGAACUCCAGGCGACUCAGCUGGACAUUCCCAACAAGGCCACUCGCGCCAUCUUUGACAAGCUUGGCGGGCCCAUCAAAAAUGACAUAUAUGAUCCAUCGUUGAUCAACCUGCAGAAUGGCGAGGCCCUUGUGAGGGUCUUCUAUUCUGGUGUCUGCCACACAGAUCUCCAUGCCAUGAUCGGUGACUGGCCAGCUCCCAACAAGGUCCAGACUGGUGGUGGUCCUCUCGUCGGGGGUCAUGAAGGCGCAGGCGUCGUUGUCAAGCUUGGCCCAGGUGCAGACGAAUUCCUCAAGGUCGGCGACAAGGUCGGCAUCAAGUGGAUCGCUGACGCGUGCCUUAAUUGUGACUACUGCCGCCGCGGUCAUGAGCCCAACUGUGCACAAGCCAAGUGCUCUGGCUACACUCAUGACGGUUCCUUCCAGCAGUACGCCGUCUCUUGGGCUCGUUACCUCACUCCCCUCCCCAACGAGCUGCCCCUCGAUGAGGCUGCACCAAUUUUAUGCGCCGGCGUUACCGUCUAUAGGGCGCUGAAGGAGGCGAAACUCACUCCUGGGCAAUAUGUCGCCAUCCCCGGGGCUGGCGGAGGACUCGGCCACCUUGCUGUCCAGUACGCCAAUGUCAUCGGCUGCCGUGUCAUCGCGAUCGACACGGGCUCCGCGAAGAAGGAGCUGGCGACCAAGCUGGGCGCGGAGACGUUCAUCGACUUCAAGACGUCCAAAGACCUCAUCGGCGAUGUCCGCAAGGCUUCCGGCGGCGAGGGUGUCCACGCGGCCGUUGUCGCCGCUUCCGGAGCCGCCGCGUAUGAGAUGGCGCUCGAAUAUUGCCGCCCGUGCGGAAAGCUCGUCGCCGUCGGCUUGCCCGCUAAAACGAACAUCGAAGCCAACGUUUGUUUCACCGUCUUCCAGGCCAAACAGGUUAAGGGUUCUUAUGUCGGCAACCGCCAGGACGCCAUCGAGGCUCUUGACCUCGCCGCGCGCGGUAAAGUCAAGACCGUCUUCAAGACUAUGGGUCUCAGUCAACUCAACGACGUCUACAAGGCGAUGCACGACGGCACACUCGCUGGCCGCGUCGUCCUCGACUGCAACAAGUGA